CAUCGGGACCUCCCGCUUUCGAGUGCCUCUCCCCGUGAGCCGGCCGGUCUCUCGCCCUCGCUCUCUUCCCCCCGUCCCUUCCUCCCUCCCUGGCCCGGUCUUUCUUCGCCUUCUUCGGAAGGUCGCGGAGCCAUGGCCCGGUCUCGCGCGGAGCGUUACACGGCGCGGGUGCUGCGCCUCCUGUCGCGCGCCUUCCUGGCGCUGCUGGGGCUGGUGGCGCGCGCCUCCGCCCUCGCCGCCCCGUCCCCUUCGCCGGCUACGGCGAGUCCCCCCGCCGCCGCCACCACCACCGCCACCUGCCCCCUGUCCUCGCCCUCGCGCAAGGUCCGCUGCGUCCCGCCGCCCUCAAAUGAGCUGCUCCUCGUCCCCGGGGUAGAACUGGCGCGGCGAAUCCGCCGUAAAGAGGUGACGUGCGUAAAUGUCAUUGAAACUUACAUUGGGAGGAUCAAAGAAGUCAACCCACUGAUCAAUGCAGUUGUCAAGGACAGGUUCGAGGCAGCCCUGCAGGAGGCUCAUGAGGUUGACAAGCUGCUCGCUGAAGGUCAUGAUGACGAAGAGUCACUGCGGGAAAAGUUCCCCUACCUGGGGGUCCCUGUCUCCAUCAAAGAGGCCUUUGCGCUGCAUGGGAUGCCCAACACCUCUGGCCUGGUUAACCGCCGCCACAUCAUCUCUACAACAGAUGCCACAGUAGUGUCACGGUUAAAGCAAGCUGGUGCCAUCCCGCUGGGCGUGACCAACUGCAGCGAACUGUGCAUGUGGUAUGAGUCGAGCAACCGCGUCUAUGGCCGAUCCAACAACCCGUAUGACCUGGAAUGCAUAGUGGGAGGCAGUUCAGGGGGAGAAGGCUCCAUCUUGGGAGCUGCCGGCUCCGUGAUUGGUGUGGGCUCGGAUAUCGGAGGCAGCAUCCGGAUGCCUGCUUUCUUCAACGGCAUCUUUGGACACAAGCCCACCACAGGUGUCGUGCCUAACGAUGGCCAGUUCCCCAUUGCUCAGGGUGUGCGGGUAAAUUUCCUGUGCACGGGCCCCAUGUGCCGUUACGCAGAAGAUCUGGAGCCCAUGUUGAGGAUCAUGGCUGGACCAGGCAUUGCAAGACUGAAGUUAGAUGAAAAGGUAUCCCUGGAGAAAGUAAAAUUCUACUUUAUGGAGCAUGAUGGGGGUUCCCCUUUUGUUUCCCCAGUGGACAAAGAACUCCUUCAAGCUCAGCGGAAGGUGGUAGAAAACCUGGAAGCUAAGCUGGGAGUUGAAGUUCAACACGUGGCUAUCAGCAAGAUGAAGUAUUCGCUUCAGAUCUGGUCGGUCAUGAUGUCUGCCAAGUCCAGCGACAUGCAGAAAAAUCAGAACUUCACUGACCUGCUUGGAGAUCACGGGAAGCCAGUGUGGCCAGUGUGGGAGCUCUUGAAAUGGACAGUGGGGAUGUCUUCACACACUUUUCCAGCCAUUGCGCUAGGGAUAAGUGAGAAGUUUGUGCACUACAGCCCCAAAGUGAACUCUAAGCUGGAGAGCAUGGGGCACAGCCUGCGGACAGAGCUCGUGAAUCUGCUCCAGGACGAUGGCGUUUUCCUGUACCCUUCGCACCCCGUGGUCGCUCCCAAGCACCAUGCGCCUCUGGGAAUGCCCUUCAAUUUUGCCUACACAGCCAUCUUCAACAUACUUGGCUUACCGGUAACCCAGUGCCCCCUGGGCUUGAGCAAAGAAGGCCUUCCCCUGGGCAUCCAGGUGGUGGCCGGCCCUCACAAUGACCACUUGACCCUGGCCAUGGCACGGUACUUGGAGAAGGAGUUUGGAGGCUGGGUUUGUCCUGGCAGAUGCUAAUGCCGCUUGCAUGGGGACCCAGAGACAGCAGGAACUUGAAGGCCACCCCAUCUGCGACAAAUCUAGCAACCGGCCACGGUGUCUGAAAUAGAAGGGGUCUUAGAUGGGAGGAACCAGCCCAUCAUUUUAGCGCUCCCUCUGAUACGGUGGAGGGCAAGCUGUACAUUUAGUUUUUCUCCCUUUCCCCGUUGUGACUGAUGCAAAACAAUUAGGGGAAGGGAUAAGCAGUGGUGAUGAAGGAGCUUCCCUGGUAGCCUCCAUUCUUCACAGGCGCAGCUUGGCUUGAAUGUUUCCAGUCCCCCAGCCCUGGCUGUCUGCUUGACUACAGGACUUUGUAAAGUUCAGGUCUGCGGUGGACAAAUAUGCAGGGCAGCUGUUAACUCUCGCAAGGCAUACGUUGAUAAAUUAGGUAAAUCUCCUGGUGGGACAUGAUACACGGCGUCCAUUCUCUUCUGCUGUAGAGGAGCAGAAUCUUAAAUCUGCUGGGGUCCAAGACGUACUUUGUAUUGGUACGGGGGUUUCUUUUUCCUCUUGCUGCUGAUUGGUCAUGGGUCCUCACGACAUCAUUCCGUUCUCCUGAUUGGGUGAACCAAAAGACAACAUCUACCAUUUCUGUUGGGCCAAACCUAUGCCAUUGCACUGGAAUUAAAGAGAAGCUAAUAUAUUCCGGAACUACUAACGUCUCUAGUGUUGUCUUCAUUCCUAACAGCAGGUGCCUGUGACCGGAUUCUAGAGCUGCUAGUCCUCAUUAAGUUAGGGAUCCAGAUGUGCUUAUUUUGAUCUGAGACCGCAAGGGUAACAAUGUACAUAGGGAACCAGACAGGUGAUAACUGUUUUUCAAGAAUAAGACACUCAGGAAAGUCCGAAGAGAAAUUCAUGGGAGUCACUUAUGUAUCCCUAUC